AAAGAGCUCUAAGCUCCCAGGGGUUUGAAGCCCUGUGGUUGCUCCACGGUGUCCGCUGGGUUCGGCUCCACCUGCAAGCGUGUUGGUUUUUUUCACCGCUUCAGUUCGUUUAUUUGUGCACCCGUGUCAUUUGCUGGCCGCAUGGGAGAGGCGGCACAACACGAAGUCGGUUUCUUACUCUGUCUUUUCCUGUGACGACUGACGAGGUUGGUCUUCUGCGUGCACUAUUUGGGAUGAUGUCGCAGCCCACAUCUCAUCCUCUUCUCCACAGACCGCUGCCGCCAGACUCCACCCAGCCAUCACAGCGCCUCCCAACGCCAUCUCCGUUACUGCCGCCUCCAUCUGGAACAAUGGCGACCGGAUGAGGCCACCUCUCCAUGCCCAUCUCUCUUUCUCUCUUCAAACCAAAUCAGGUCGCGGUGCAGGCAAACCCUAGCAAUGUCGGCGGCCGCGAGAUUGAGGUCGACGCUGAUGGCCACAGCUGGUGGACGAACCGCCUCUGUCAUGCCUGGAAAGAUAGUCAAACGCCCCAACUUGGUUUCCAACGGGUGGUUGUCUUGUUCGUCAGGGACUGCCGGCGUGGUAGUACUAUGUUCUUCAAGGCUGCAAGAAGUCAACAAAACACGGAGAAUUCUUACUGCUAUAACUUGUUCAAGCGAAUUGGAAAGCUCUGCAAUUGUACCAAUAGAAUUCAGGGGAGCCCGUACCUACAAGAGCCUGGUGGAUGCCAAGCUGCAUCAACAAGGAGGGCAGUCUCUACAAUCCAUCGGCUGCAGUUGAAUUGGCACCCUGCAGAUUUCAAUGGAUUACAACUACACAACCAUAGCUGGUUUCUCCCAUUCAUUUAUGCAUAAUGUAUUGCCAUACUCCAGUUUUGCUGUGAGCGUGUCUCCUCCAGAUUAUGGACCUGAAUGAUACAAUUUCAGUCAAGGUAGUAACAAAGAAACAUUGUCUACCCCAAUAAUCGUUCAUUACAUAGGAGUAUAUAUUAUGUCAUUAACUUGUGAUCCUGAAUGCAUUUUUAUAAUAUAACUAUCAAGAAGGGUCUAUUAAAAUAAAUAUGAGUUAGAGCAUUAGUAACUUUCGUGAUACACUUAGAGCUAGCAGCUUUGGCUGCUCAACA